UUUCAAGUUAGUUGAGAGCGCUCUGAAAAGGGUCUGUGGCUCAGCUGUAGGAUCUGAUCCCUAAUAUAAAAUAAAAUCUGAUCUGAGCUUGGCUUUGACUUGUCUGUGUUUUGAGGUUAUUUUAUAGUUUGUCAGUGUGUUUACAUUUGAAUUCAUUUGUGUAAAUGUAACUUUUUUUAAAUUGAGGAAGAAUCUAAAUAAUAAUGGGUCGUAAGAUUCCAGCUAAAAAACAUCGUGGCGUUAAAGAUCCUUUAGUACAGCAAGCGAGGCGUCUUCAAAGUUUGAAAGGCAAAAUUAACGCGCCGCCCAAGGACCCCGACGAGCAACCUGUCCCUCAGUCACUUACAAGGCUGUUCGCUUUUCAAAAUAGAGAUAAAACGAUCAAGAAGAAGAAAGAUAGAAAACUACCCCCUAAUGGUGGCAUAAAUCAGGAUGGUGUGGGUCUCAACCCAGUGGCCCAGCUUAAGAAGCUACCGGGAGAAUCUGGGCGAGGGUUCUCUCUGCGCAUCAACAGUGCUGUGCGAGCCCUGCACAAUUCCCUCGGGCAACAGGACUAUCCCGACGAUGUCGAGUCCGACGACACGAAAGGUGAGCGAAUGACGGCGCAGCGCGAGCGGCGUCAGCGCAAGCGGCGCAGGGCGGGGGCGGAAGGUCCAGCGGCGGAGGGUGGGGCGGCCAGCCGGGCACAGCGCCUCGCGCUCAAGAAGCAAGCGCAGAAGGAAAAGGCGGCUGAGGAGGCGGCGUGGUCGCGGCGCGCGGCGGCGCAGUACGAGCGCGUGCAGUUCGGCGACGUGGCGCACGCGCCGCCCGCGCUGGCGCCGCCGCGCCGCGCCCGCCGCCCCGCGCGCCCCGCGCGCCGCGGCCUGCUGCUGGCGGCGCUGCUGGGCGGGGCGGCGGGCGGCGGCGCGGGGGGCGCGGCGGGGCGCGGGGCGGGCGGCGCGGCGGGGCGCGGGGCGGGCGGCGCGGCGGGGGAGCGCGCGCGGCUGGACGCCGUGGCCGCCUACCGCGCGCUCAAGAAGGAGCGGCGGAUGCGCGGCGAGGCGCAGAGUGGCGGCGAGUCCCGUUAAGGAUUGCAGUAUUCU